AUACAAAACGCUUGAUGCUGGAUCAUCCUCACUUUAACAACUCCUGUUGAGCUUCGAUACCGUAAAGGAGGCUGAUUUAAACACAGCAACAACAAAAAAAACGAAUUAAAAAAACACUGAAUUAUGGAGAGUAUCAUGGCAAAAAGAUCCUGCGGCGCUUCAUGGAUUCGUCUUGGUUUUGUCCGGGCUUCCAUUUUCUGGGUCUUAUUAGCAGUCCUCAUUCCUGUGGCUGAGGGUAAGCAGCUGGACACCCUGCCAAAGGUGACUGCGAGCUGCGGGGAACAAGUGACCCUGACGUGCAAUGCCAGCGCAUCACUGCUGAAGGAUGUAAACGUGGUGAAAUUUAACUGGCAAUUCAAAAAUACGACCUUGUGCCAAUACGAGUCGAAGGACGUCAAUUCCGAUAAGAUCCGGUGCAAAAGCACAAACACGACAUCUGGAGGACUCACUCUCUCUAUGACCAUCCUCAACAUAAUCCCGAAAGAUGAGGGAGUCUACCUCUGCAAACUCCACACAACGGGUGCAGCAGCAAACGGGCAGAGUCACGUUAAAGUUGAAGACUGUGUUGGAAGUUCUGAUGACUCCAUGGAUAACAACACAGCCAGAUGCUCCUUUGACAGAGUUUUCCCCGCGGGCGUGGUCCACUGGUACCAGGGAGAUGCAAACCUAACAAAGACCUCCAAAACAGAAAACAUUCCUGCCGCGGAAGACUUUUUCAAAGUUGUUAGCGAAAUUCCCGCGAAGGAAGCCAGCCAAUCAUUAAACUGCUCGCUGUGGAUGCCUUCUACCAACAUUUACGUCGCCAGUCGGCUGGUUACCUCUUCGGGCAGCAUCAGCCACCUCCAGUGGAUCUGCAUGAUGGUGGGGAUCUUCAUGAGGAGCCUAAUCAUGUGAAGAAAGUAGCUGUUUGGAAUAUUGAUUGACAUAAAAGCGAGUCACUGAUAGAGAUAAGCAGUUGUUAAGGCCUUGGGAUUUAUGUCUUUUUUUUUUUGUUAGUGUGCAUUUUGUUUGGGAUUGCUGUAAAUGUUGGGUAGGUGGUGGGAGAAAAUAUCUUAUUAGCAUUUUUCUUGGCAAGGUUUUAACUUACUAAUCUGUUAUGGGAACUAACAAGUAAACAAAACUAAACAGAUAUGUUUUAUGACAGCCUGAAAUACUAUUUGCACUUUAAACUCCAUUACAACACUGACACUUUUUUUUAAAACAUGGCUCUCCACUUGAUGGCAGCAACGCAUUGAUGUACAGUAUAUUAAAGAAGACGCAAAUAUGCCUUGCCUGAUAAGAAUGGUCACUGUUUAGAUAUCUUCUGGAUUUUCUUUUAUUGUUGUAUUAAUAAUUUGCUCACCAUGUGCAAAAAUAGUUUUUCUAAACAAUGUGUAUUAAUGUGAAACAGUAAUAGCUCCUUUACAGAUUUUUUCCUUAUUUUGUUAAAGGGGCCAUGACUACAAAUUAGAUUUUUCAAAGGUUUUGGGGGUAUAGUAUGGUCUGUUGCACACUGAUGAGGGAGUAUGAAUGUCAUAACUGAAUGCCAAAGUACCUGCUCAGGUGCGGUCAGCUCUGUUACCUUGCUCAAAAAUGGUCAGAUCAGAAUAGGAGUUGUCUUUCUAUGUAAUUCCCCCAUGUUAAAUCUUAAAUUGACUUUUUAAUUUGGUCCAUUGGUGUUAAAAUUUGUUUUAUGUUAAAGAUGGAGUGUGGAAAAAGGCCGGAACAAAAUCUGUAAGGGACUACUACUACUACUACUACUACUACUACUACUACUACUACUACUACUACUACUAAUAAUAAUAAUAAUAAUAAUAAUAAUAAUAAUAAUAAUAAUAAUAAUAAUAAUAAUAAUAGCAAUGUGUCUUGUAGUCGCAUGGAGGCAAUGUUUUUUCAUAAAACAUUAUUUGGUUAAAUUACAUAAAUACAUGAUUAAUUCCAGAUCACUGAAUAUGGUCAAAUAGAUUUCUUCCCAAUGUUGUCAUUCUAGUAUUUAUCAAUGUUUAAGUGUUAACAACCUUUGUUGUUUUCAUGUGUUGUGAAAGGUCACAGCUGUGAGUUUUUUUUAAAUUUUGUUAGCAAUGUUCAGCACAAUAUAUGUGACACUGAUGUAAAAAUAGAGCUCGUGUUGUCUCUGUGUUGCAUAAAACCUUGAUAAGAUAUAUGUGACUUACACAUAUAAGUAAUGUCCAAAAAUGACCUUUUUUUUAAAAAUAUAUAUAUAAAAAAAUUACAUGUUGUUUAAAUUCUGUCACUGAACCUUCUAUAAAUUAGUCUUUGUCUCUAAUAAAACAGUAAUAUUUUGUGAAAUUAAAGAACUAAACAUUCUGUUUUGCAAAAUAAAGGAGUCCUUCUCCAAG